GUUUAAAUUAGUCUUUAUUUUUCAAGACAAAAGUAUCAAAAUUCAUGUAUACAAACAAAAAUUAUCAUGUGUGAUUUGCAGUUGAUUUCACCUAUUUUAGGGCCUGUAUAUUAAAGAUUAUUAGAUUAAAAGAGUUUUCGUUUAAAAAAAAAAAAAGGGUUGAAAGUGUCAAGAAACCCCUCCCUUCCCUUUCCCUCUUCUCUUCCCUUCCCCUCCCCUCAACGGACGACACUCCAAAUCCGUCCAAAAAAGAAUAAAAUAGUAAAAUCCGAAACAGCGACGUAACAUAACCUAACCAAACCGUCCAAGCCGAGCCGAACUGAGACCCACCCACUCAUCCUCGCGCAAUCGUCGCUUCACGCGCUCUCGAUCCCGGCGACCACUCACCGACCCUCUCACCGUACUUACCCCACCUUUUCACAUGCACCUCACGCGUCUAUCCAUUACCGGCGCAUUGCCGCUCAUCAACAUCAUCAUCAUCCACAUCGACAACAACCAUUCACCGACGCAACCACCACCUCUCUCUUUCUCUCUCUACCCCACCAUACACCACCACCACCACCACCACCACCACCACCGAGGUUUCGACUAUGGCUGAUCUGACGGAAUCAUCGGCUCCACAAACCGCAACAUCGCGUCAGUUACCGUUCCGUGAGGAUUGUUGGAGCGAGGAAGCGACGUCUACUCUCGUCGACGCUUGGGGCCGCCGUUAUCUGGAGCUCAACCGCGGCAACCUCCGUCAGAAGGACUGGCAGGAGGUGGCGGACGCCGUCAACGCCCUUCACGGCCACACCAAGAAGACUCGGCGUACGGACGUUCAGUGCAAGAACCGGAUCGAUACUCUUAAGAAGAAAUACAAGGUCGAGAAAGCUAGGGUUUCUGAGUCUAAUGGAGCCCUAGCGAGCUCUUGGCAGUUCUAUGGCCGACUUGAUGUGUUGAUCGGAUCCAGCGUUACGGCGGCUAAAAAGACACCGCCUUCACCACCUGUGGUGGUUCCUUUUCCCUACCGGAAGCCGCCGACCACGGCGGUGGUACUUCCACAGAAGCGUCCGGCGCCGGCGGUGGAUGAUUCGUACUUUAGGAGGAAUUAUUCGGCUGUUGCUGCGGCAGCCGCUGCAGCGGCGGUGGAAGAGGAAUCGGAGGAUGAGGGUGAGUCGGAGGAUUUGAGGUCGAGCGAGGAGAGCAGUGGACGGAGGAACAGGGAUACGGAGGGAAUGAGGCGGCUGGCAAGGGCGAUCGAGAGUUUUGGAGAGAUAUACGAGAGGGUUGAGGGGGAAAAACAGAGGCAGAUGAUUGAAUUGGAGAAGCAGAGGAUGGAGUUUGCAAAAGAUUUGGAGGUUCAAAAGAUGCAGCUUUUUAUGGACACUCAGGUCCAGCUUGAGAAGAUGAAGCAUGCAAAGAGGUCAGGAUCCAAUGACAUUUAUAGCUAACGGUGUGGCAGAGAGUCAGAACUUCGACAUUAUGUCUACUUGGGAUACAUUUUGCCCCUGAAUAUGAAUAUUUUUAUUCCCGGAAAGUUUAUAAAGGGGAAGUUGAUUAUCUGAAAAGAGGCAGGUUGGUUACUAUAAAAGUACUUAGCAGUAUCAACACAUGGUCAGCAAAUAGGGGUGUCAAUGUUCUGAUGAAGUAUAUAUAUUUUUGUUAUGUUGACCACUUUUUACUUAUUGUUUUUAAUUAACUGGGCUGCUCAACUUGUUAACUCAACAGUACUUGAUUUCACUGUUGAUGCCCUCAUAAUCUGGACGGGUCCGUUUCUAGUUUUCUUUUUCUUGGAAUACAAGGUUAGGUUGUUCAGAAAGUCCAUGUUCAAUGGCAUUUAAUUUCAAUGUAUGGACGCAAUUACAUUAUUAUUUUUGUUUCCCCAUUGCUAGACGGAUGCAGAAUCCUACCGUCUGUUUUAUGCAUGCUGUCCAUUUGGCAUAAGUUCUUUAUCUCGAGUAUCAUCAAUAUCUCCAGUUCAGGAAGAAAGACACUGAUAUUUUACUUCUAGUUGCGGUGUUAUUUCCUUGUGGCUUUGCUAGGUAGAAUCUGGUCCUCACCUUUACUUUCCCGCUGAUUUUGAUAUGCUCAUAAUGCCCCCUCUAACUUACUUUUACCAUCACUUAAGUUUAUUUAUUUAUUAUUAUUUUUUUUAAUGUUUUGCCUUUUUCCUUCAGUGGAGUGAGUUCUUUAAGCGAAAAUUUGUGGUCUUUAGUUGCAUUGACCUUCUCUCCCAUGUACCUGUUGGUGCUGUGUUUUGGAAGAUUUUCAUAUAUAUGGUGUGUCAUUCGCUUAUCUAAGACAUGUUUCUGAUGUCAUUUUAUUUCAAAUUUUUAUGUCACGGGCUAUUGUAGCUGAUCUUUAGUGUCUAUAAGGUUGCAUUUUUAUUGUCCUUGAGUGGUUUUUCGAUGGUAAGUAGAUUAUGAGAUUCAGCAAAUGCUCUUAAAUUAUCAAUCUUGUGUUUGCAUUUUUAUUGUCCUUGAGUGCAUUGACUUCCUCACGGGUUUAAGUGCAUCGGCAAUGUGCCAGUUGAUUUGAUGUACUGACCUCUAUUUUUAACAAGCAUUCCUUAAUCGAAGAACUUAAUUUCUUUGCGCGCAAUUUAUUUAUUCGUCCAUCUUUAUUAGGAGCUCUUCUCUGAUUUGAAUUUUUUGGAAAUGGAUCAUGAAAAUUGUGUCUCUGAGGCAGAAUUUACUUUGCUGGUUCUUGAUUUCACAUUCUAAUUGGUGCAAGGCUAAGAAGCACGGACACUAAUACGGGACAUGGAUACGACACGACAUGAACACGGCAAAUUCAAAAAAAUUAGGACACGGACACAGCGAAUAAUAUAUAUAUAUAUAUAUAUAUAUAUAUAUAUAUAUAGCAUUAAUAAUUUUUUUAAAAAAACACUGAUAUGUUUAGGUUGGAAUAUAUAUAUAUAUAUAUAUAUAUAUAUAUAUAUAUAUCACUGAUAUGUUAGUAUAUAUAUAUAUCAGCAUCUUUAGGACACGGACACGGCGAAUUGUGGCAUCUUUAGGUUUGUAUAUAUAUAUAUAUAUAUAUAUCAGCAUCUUUAGGGUAGUACAAAACAAAAAAUAGAACAUAUCAGCAUUAAAAUUUAAAAAAAAAAAAAAAAAAAAAAAAA